GGGUGCUGAUCCAGCGGGGCCUCACAGGGCUGGGCUUUAACAUUGUGGGAGGAGAGGAUGGAGAGGGCAUCUUCAUCUCCUUCAUCCUGGCAGGAGGCCAGCCAGCAACCUGAGCGGAGAGCUACGCAAGGGAGACCAGAUCCUGAGUGUGAACGGUGUAGACCUCCGCAGUGCCACACAUGAGCAGGCUGCAGCUGCUCUUAAGAACGCCGGGCAGACCGUCACCAUCAUCACCCAGUACAGACCUGAGGAGUACAGUAGGUUCGAGGCGAAGAUUCACGACCUGCGGGAGCAGCUGAUGAACAGCAGCAUGGGCUCUGGAACACUGCGAAGCGCAAAGAGGGGCUUCUACAUCAGGGCUCUGUUUGACUACGAUAAGACGGCAGACUGUGGUUUCCUGAGCCAGGCCAUGGGCUUCGGGUUUGGGGAGGUGCUGCAGGUGCUGGACUGUGGGGAUGAGGAGUGGUGGCAGGCCCGCAGGGUCAGUGUGGAGGGAGAGGCUGACGACAUCGGAUUCAUUCCCAGCAAGAGGAGGGUAGAAAGGAAAGAAUGGUCCCGUUUGAAAACGAAAGAGAGGGACCGUAGCCGGGAUAGUCUAGGAUCCCAAGGGAGAGAUGACUCCAUACAGAGCUAUGAGACAGUAGCACAAGUGGAAGUACAUUACGCAAGGCCGAUUAUAAUUCUGGGCCCGACGAAGGACAGGGUGAACGACGACCUGCUCUCCGAGUUCCCCGACAAGUUUGGCUCCUGCGUUCCCCACACCACGCGGCCGAAGCGCGAGUACGAGGUGGAUGGGCGGGACUAUCACUUCGUGUCGUCACGGGAACAGAUGGAGAAGGACAUCCAGAGCCACCGCUUCAUCGAGGCGGGGCAGUACAACAGCCACCUGUACGGCACCAGUGUGCAGAGCGUCCGGGAGGUGGCUGAGCAGCAGGGGAAGCACUGCAUCCUGGACGUCUCGGCGAACGCCGUGCGGAGGCUGCAGGCCGCACAGCUGCACCCCAUCGCCAUCUUCAUCCGGCCGCGCUCCCUCCAGAACGUCCUAGAGAUGAACCCUCGCUUGACGGACGAGCAGGCGCGGAAGGCCCUGGACCGUGCCAGCAAGCUGGAGCAGGACUUCAUGGAGUGCUUCUCAGCCAUCGUGGAAGGGGAGAGCUUUGAGGAGGUGUACCACAAGGUGAAGGCUGCCGUCGAGGACCACUCUGGGCCUUACAUCUGGAUCCCCACCAGGGGGCGACUGUGAGACCACCACGCCUGCUCCGUGAGAGACCCGGAGGGAGGGAGGGAGGGAGAGACGCCUCCUGUGCUACUCUCCUCCUAUAUCCCUCCAUCUCUCCCUCCUUUCUCCCUCUUUCUUUCCCUCCUUUCUGCACACAAAUGCCUCUCCGCUGCGAUCUGAGAGAGAGAGACGGAGGGUAGAGGGAGAGAAGAAGGAAGGGAGAGGGAGAGAGAGUGGGGCUUGGUUAUAAGCACAGGAAAACAAAUGCCCCCCAUAUCAUCCUCUCUCUCCCUCUCACCCUUUCUCUCUCUAUCUCACUCUCUCUCUCUGAAGGGACAGAGAAGGAGGAGAGAGAGAGAGAGUGUUGCUGUGAGAUACAAUAAAGACUGCCAAACUGCAAGGACUGACUGUAUGAUAGAAAAAACAAAUUGUUAUUGAACUGUGAAAAUAUAUAUUGAUAACAAUAAUAAUAAUCUGAAUACCUAUAUCAGUUGAACUCUGAUGUUUAUAUAAAGCCACUGACAUGAUUUCAGUCACCAACAACCCAACGGGUUUCACACCGCGCCUGGAAAAUGUUUUUUUUUUUUUCUGUUUUUGAAGUGAGAAAGCCCUUCCCUGCUGGAUUAUGUGCAUGCUUUCUCAAACAGACAGACAGACAGGCAGGCAGACAGACAGACACACAGACAGACACACACACACACACACAGGCAGACAGACAGACAAACAGAUAGACAGACAGACGCAGACAGACAGACAAACAGACACACAGGCAGACAGACAAACAGACAGACAGACACACACGCAGACAGACACACAGACAGACAGACACAUACACAGGCAGACAGACAAACAGACAGACAGACACACAGACAGACACACACACACAGACAGACACACAGACAGACAGACAGGCAGACAGACAGACAAACAGACAGACAGACAGACACACAGACAGGCAGACAGACAGACACACAGACAGGCAGGCAGACAGACAGACAGACAGACAGGCAAACAGACACACAGACAGACAGACAGGCAGACAGACAGACAAACAGA